CCCCUCCCCUCCCGCCCAGAGGCUCCGCCCUCCAACUCGCAAGAUGGCGGCCGCGGCCCGGGACGCAGCUUCCGGAGGGGAACGCAGGUAGCGGGAGAAGGCGAAGGAAGCCGGAGAGGACGGGGCUGAAGGAAGGCAGGCGGCGGCCAUGCACUUCUCCAUCCCGGAGACCGAGACCCGAGGAGGAGGCGGCGGCGGCGGCGGGGAAGGCGGCAACUCGGCCUACGUGGCCUACAACAUCCACGUCAACGGGGUCCUGCACUGCCAGGUGCGCUACAGCCAGCUGCUCGGCCUCCAUGAGCAGCUGCGCAAGGAGUACGGGGCGAACGUGGUGCCGGCCUUCCCGCCGAAGAAGAUCUUUGCGCUGACCGCGGCCGAAGUGGAGCAGCGCCGGGAGCAGCUGGAGAAGUACAUGCAGGCCGUGCGCCAGGACCCCCUCCUGGGCUCCAGCGAGAUCUUCAACAGCUUCCUGCGCAAAGCCCAGCAGGAGACCCAGCAGAUCCCCACCGAGGAGGUCCAGCUGGAGGUGGUGCUCUCCAACGGGCAGAAGGUCAAGGUCAACGUCCUCACCUCGGACCAGACCGAGGACGUCCUGGAGGCCGUGGCUGCAAAGCUGGACUUGCCAGAGGACCUGAUCGGCUACUUCCACCUCUUCCUGGUGCGAGAGGCCAAGGACGGGGCCUUUUCCUUCAUCCGGAAGCUGCAAGAGUUCGAGCUGCCUUUUGUGUCGGUCAGCAGCCUUCGCAGCCCCGAGUUCAAGAUCCUUCUGCGCAAGAGCUACUGGGACUCGGCCUACGAUGACGACGUGAUGGAGCAGCGCGUGGGGCUCAAUCUGCUGUAUGCCCAAACCGUGGCGGACAUUGAGCGAGGCUGGAUCCUGGCCAACAAGGAGCAACACCGGCAGCUGAAGUCCCUGCAGGAGAAGGUCUCCAAGAAGGAGUUCAUCCGCCUGGCGCAGACCCUCAAGUACUACGGCUACCUGAAGUUCGACCCCUGCGUCACCGACUUCCCCGAAAAGGGCUGCCACGUGAUCGUCGGGGCCGGGAACAGCGAGCUCAACUUCCAGGUCAAGCUGCCCAACGACCAGGUCAAGGAGGGCAGCUUCAAGGUCACGCGCAUGCGCUGCUGGAGAGUCACCUCCUCCGUCCCCGUGCACAACGGCACACCUUCGACGCCACAAGGCCCCCCCGCAGGAGGGAAGCCGGAGGUCAAGCUGGAACUGGCCUUUGAGUACCUGAUGAGCAAGGACCGCCUGCAGUGGGUCACCAUCACCAGCCCCCAGGCUAUAAUGCUGAGCAUCUGCCUGCAGUCCAUGGUGGAUGAGCUGAUGGUGAAGAAGUCUGGGGGCAACAUCCGCAAGGUCUUCCGCAGGCGGGCCAACGGGGCCAUGCAGCGCUCCAACAGCCAGCAAGCGGCCAAGUCCCCCCCUCUCCUGGAUUCCCCGGACGCCGGCUGGGACGCCAUGGCCAAGGUCUCGAGCAAGCUGGGCUCGGUCAGCCUGCGGGCCAUCAGCCAUUCCAGCUCUGCUGCGGACAUCGGGGCCAACGACUUCCACGGCAACUACGCCUUCGAGGGCAUCGGCGACGAGGACCUGUGACGGCCGCUGCCUCCUGCUCCUCCUCCUGCUCCUCCUUCUCUGUGGAAUGUACAACCUGCUCCGGGUUGGUGAUCUCCAUGUGCCUCUGCAGCCCCCGCCGCGCCCCCCGCCCCGCAAGAGGCAGCCGGCGGGCCCCCCUGCACCCAUGCCAAAUUAGGGUAGAGUGGCCCUCGGGGCCGGAGCGGACGCGGCCACCGCCCGGCGCCCCCCACAGACUCCUCCAGCAUAACGGCUAGGCUUGUAAUCGCGUUUUAUCUCUCUCUUUCUCUCUCUCUCUGCUGUUUACAGAUCAACAUUAACAAUGUUUGUGACCAUGAUUAAAUAGAUCGUGAUUGGAAA